UGUCGCCGUGGCAGAUUCAGCAUGCCUGGCUGUGAUGUGGUGGGCGAAUGGCCUGCGCUUUGGCUGCACCGCCUGUGGUCGCUGUUGCGUGCGCCGGGUGCCCUCUGCAUCUGCACCGCUAGCAGAAGCCGAGAUCGACAAUUUGGCACAAGCUCUUGGCCUCAGCCCCUCGCGCUUUCUCGCCCAGUACGCCGAAACGGCAGACUUCGGGGGUGCGGCACGGCUGAAGGUUGACGAGACUGGGAGAUGUGCUUUGCUAACGGCCAUGGGGAAGUGCUCGGUUCACGAAGCUCGACCAGCUGCUUGCCGCACUUAUCCUUACUGGCCGGAGAACCUUGCAUCGCCCUACGAAUGGGCAAGAGAAGCGGUUCUGUGCGAGGGCAUCAAGAGCAGUUGGGAACCAGAAGAACCGGGCAGUGUCACAGAGACAGCCCGCGUCAUAGAAGAUGAGCUGUUGGUGGAGGAGUUGAGGGUAGGAGGGGUCCUCCGAGCUGAAAACUGGACUCAUGCCGAGGCGAUGGAGUACAUCCACUCUUUGCGAGAGGCCAAAAUGCCAGACCUGGACCUUGAUCCCUUGCCAGCUCCACGGAAGGUCUUGUUUCACAGUCAAGGAUUAGUUGUGCUGGAGACCGAGGAGCAAGACCUGCCAGAGAAUCAGUCAGCCUCACGGCAGUCUGGCGUGGUCCGUUCCCUUCAUUUCGAGUCUUCUAUUGGAAUUGUCCAAACGGAGGUUCGUUACCAUCCAGAGCACGGCUUUGACCAUGACCAGCUGAUGUUUGGGGUGCAUUCCGCCUUCCUAGAGGUUGUGAAGGAGCAAGCAGCUCAAGCUGCCAGCGACUCGGUGAUUGUUCUAGGUGGAGGAGGUGGUGUUCUGCCAAUGGCUCUUCAAAAAGCUGCGUUGAGGGACCGCAAUACGGCGGGCCCUUUCAGGAACAUCAGAAACAUCAUUUGUGUGGAGAAGGAUCCUGAGGUGGCAAAGCUUGGCAAAGACUUCUUCGGUAUGGGAGAAGGCGGAGAAGAAGUCAAUGUCAGGCUUGUCAUAGAGGAUGCCCGGCACUAUGUUACUCCCUCCUUGUCACAGGGUGCACCAGAUGCUGGUGAUAUUCUUGCCAUCCUGGUGGACAUUGCGGGGGAUUUGCAGCACUCGUCCGGUGGAGAAGUCCUGGCGCCCUGUGCAGACUUCCGGCUUGGCGACUUUGUUCGUUCCGCCGUCGCAGCAGUGCGGCCCGACGGGGUCAUUGCCUGGAAUGUGCUGGUGAGCGAGUUGGGUGAGGACCGAUGGCUUCAGUCUGCAGUAGAGGGGAUUCAGUCUGCAGUGCAAGAUGAGCACUUCUCUGUUGUGAGCAGGGGGCGGCCUCCUUAGAUCCGCCUGAUGCCUUGUCACUGCCUUUUGGAGAGCUGGCAUAAGAGGCCUAUCCGGCGCAAUGGCGGUGUUGCCCAGUGGCUCCUGAUUGGCUCGUGGAAAACGUCCGCCGGCGCUUGGACCCGUUGAUGCCAGUCGGGCAGGCAAAAUGGACUGAUG